UUGAAAGUCGCUGCCCUAGGGGGAUCCUGCUUUGGAGGAAGUGAAGGGUGACAUUGAACCCUGUGCUUCCAUUGUCAGUACUAUGUCUUCCCCCAACCCCGAGGAUACCCUGCAGGAACCUGAGCCCGAGCCUUCAAGCUCCAAGAAGAAAAAGAAGAAAAGAAAGUGGCAACAACUAGAGGCCAGCAUCCAGGCCCUCACCAGGGCUGGCCACGGGGCCCUCCUGGCUGGCUGGAACCAUGAGGCCUUGACCAGCUUCCAGAGGGCCUUCCUCCUGGCCUCCAGGGUCCCACAAAAAAGAGACACCUCUAUUCUUCGGGCCUGUGCCUUCAACCUGGGUGCUGCCUAUGUGGAGACCGGGGACCCAGCCAGAGGCCUUGGGCUGCUCCUAAGAGCCCAACCUGAAGAGAAGGCACAGGGCAGGUGCCAUGGUGACCAGUGUUUCAAUGUGGCUUUGGCCUACCACGCCCUGGGCAACCUGCCUCAAGCUUUGGCCUGGUACCACAGGGCCCUGGGCCACUACCAGCCACUAGGUGACCAGGGGCAAGCCCAGGCAAAAAUGGGAGCCUGCUACCAGGCUCUGGGACAGCCCGAACUAGCAGCUCACUGCCUACAGGAAGCAGGCCGGACCUAUGCCCACGCAGGACAGCCCCAGGCUGCAGCCCUGGCACUGGGGGCUGCGGCAGUGUGUAUGCUGAAGAGCGGGCAGCACGGCGUGUGGGAAGUGGUGCAGGUGCUGGAGGAGAGUCGGAGGCUUGCUGAGAUGAGUACUGAGCGGGGACUGCUGGGGCAACUCUAUAAUGACCUAGGCCUGGGCUACUCCCAGCUCCAGCUGUUCCCACUAGCAGCAGAGGCCUUCCUGCAGGCCCUCCCCUUAUGCCGGGGACUAGGGGAGAAGGCCACGGUUCUGAGAAACCUUGGAAUGGCCCACAAUGCCCUUGGCAACUAUCAAGAAGCCCGGGAGUUUCACCAGAAGGCUGCUAUCCUGCAUGGCUCUGUGGGGCAGCGGUGGGAGCAAGGUCGGAGCUUUGGCAGCCUGGCAUUUGCACUGAGCCAACUGGGGGACGACAAGGCGGCCAGAGACAGCUACCUACAUGCACUGCAGGCUGCCCAGGACACUGGAGACAUGAAGGGGCAGUGGCAGGCCUGCGAGGGUCUGGGGGCUGCUGCAGCCAGACUGGGGCAGCAUGAUCAGGCCUUGAAGUACUAUAAGGAAGCACUGGCUCGGUGUCAGAAGGAGCCAGACUCUGUGCGAGAGCGGCUGGUGGCGAAGCUGGCAGAUGCCAUGAAGACCCUUUUGGCCCAGGGUGGGCUGGACCCGACUCAUACCCUGACCUCAGCUCCAGGGAGGCUUCAGGCUCCAGGUGGAACCGGCUCAGCAGGGACUCCAGCCAGGGUGGCAAGGGGCCCAGCAGAAGCGAAGCACAGCCAUUCCCACUGGCAAGCUCUGCCCUGCCUCCUUCAGGUCAUUAAAACAGCCUGGGGAAACCCCCAGCAGGGACCCACAGAGGAGACCCACCACAUCUGGCUUCUGCACGAUCAUGUGAUCUCACUCUACUGGCCUCAGUGGUGCUGCCACAUACACUCCUGAGGAGUUUCUGGGAUGAAGCCUCUUCCGGGUCGCUCAGCACCGCACAGACAUGGAAUACAACGCGGUCAGCAAGGGGGUUCCUGAGCAGGCUGGAAAAGGGCUUUGCAGUCUCAGCACUGAGGCUGUUUGCUUCUUGCUGAGAAUUUUGGACUCGGUAGAUAAAAGGGAAAAGGAAAAUGGAUGGUGAAUCUUCCCCUUUCUUUCUGGAUACAAACCUCAUGAUCACUAAGGCCCUUUCCAGUUCUAAAAAGCUCCUUGGCCAAGAGGCUUUGGAGUCAAUGACUCUCUUCAGACCUCCAUUUUCUCAUUCAGGACAUGGGAUUAUACUACUUUAGAAGGUACAUCUUAACCAACCUAUGUACCCCACUGUCUCCAUGUAACACAACAGAGGCUGAGCCUGAGGCCUGUGGCCUGUAGGACAAUUGCUGCCAGCAGCCACAACGAUGAUAUUAAGUAAGCUUUAUUGAU